AUGGCUGAAAUAGAUCAUACGGCUCAGACAGAAGUCUUGUAUUCUUCAGCGUCAGCUGCAGCAUCAGCUCAUCCAAUAACAGCGGACCAAUUGCUUGAAUUGGAAGAGCGGCAACGAGUGCUGUUCAAUGAGAAAGGUAGUGGACCGGCACGAAUCAGAACGGGAUGUCAGGAAAUUGAUAAUUAUGUUCUUUGCGCCGGUAAAGGUAAACUAGAUGGGGGGUUCGAAAGGGGAAUUGUAGUGGGGUUGAGUGCUGCUGAUGGAGAUGAAUCGACAAGCAGUCGAGUCAUAUCUCUCAACCUCAUAGCAUCAGUUCUCUCACAACAUAUCGAUUUGGUAGAUGUCAUUCAAAAUUUCCAGAGUGAAUUGACGAAUAAAAGCAAGCCAAAAGUGGUAGUAAUAGAUACGACUGGUUCCUUUAACCUUCCUCUCUUGGUCAAAAUCUUGAGAACAAGGCUCUUGAAGAGAAGAUAUGAGAUGAGAAGCAGGAACGAUAUAACUAUGAAUCUUAACAAUGGCCAGAAUACAGAUGAGAGUACGGGGAUCGACAUACAAAAAGAGGUGAAUGCACUACUGGAGCUGGUAGCCAUUAGUAGAGUCUUUGAUAUUGAGGGGCUAUGGGAGGUAUUAAGUGAGCUAGGGCGACCAGAUGACCUAUUCAGAAAAAAUGAGGACGAUCAGGAGAUGCCUGCCACCAUACCAUCACGGACCAGCAAACCUGUCGAAGGGAAAACAGAGCCAUUGCACAAAAUCCCAGAUGAAAUUUGCGACAGCGAAGACGAAGACAUCGAAUUAACACCACCACCACCACCACCACCCGUCAAACCCCAAGUUUUAACACCAAUCCCAAGCUCAACAGAAACCAGUCCCGAAAUCUUAAUCAUAGACAGCAUGCACCAUCUAAUCACCCACCUCUUCACACACUCGGAAAAAGUCUCCGCGCACAACCUCCUCUCCCUCCUAUCACACACUCUCCACACCCUAACCCGUACUCAAAAUAUCCUCACCAUCCUCCACAACACCACCACGUCUACCAAACCCACUUUCGCAAACCAACACUCUUCUCGUCAACCUCCACCUCCACCUCCAACUAUCCACUCAAUCUUCACUUCCCCAGCCCAAAAACCAUCACUCGGACGUAUCUUUGACGAUUUCCUCAAUCUCCACAUUAUGAUCUCGAAACUUCCGAAGAAGAGGGGAGAUGCCGAGAUGCUCUACGCUCGAGGUGAAAAUACAUCUCAUGUUGGGAGCGAGGAUGUCGCUUAUAGUUUUGUGUUUGAGAUUUUGAGGGAUGAGUGUCCGGUUUUGGGUGGGGAGAGGAAGGUGGGGAGGAGGUUUGGGGAUAGGGAACAGAGGUGGGGGGUUUUUGAGAUGGGGGAUGGGGAUGGGGGUGGGAGUUGA